UUUAAUAAAAUUGAUACUUGGUUAGUUGGCGCCACAAUAUAACAAUUUUAACAGACAAUUAAGUCCCGCGCGGAAACUCCGGUCCGAAGUCAGCCCGGUCUGGAUCCAGUUUGAUAUGAAUGUGUCCAACAAGGUCACCGGUCUGAUUAACCGAGUCAUCGUUCUGGGCCCCGCAGUGAUCCCCGUGCUGUCGGUGCUGUGGACGGUGGCGAGCGCGGUGCUGUACUUCUACGUGUACGUGUUCUCGGUGGUGUGGUACGUGUUCUGGCGCGGCACCGGCGACCCCGUCGUGGACGCCGUGCUGCUGUCGCUCGCCUGCGCCUGCAUCAUCGGCCAGCUCAAGCUCUUCUUCCUGCACGCCAACAGAAAAUUCUUACAGAAAACCCUAGUGAGCUACCUGACGUACGACGCGCGGCUGUGCCGCGAGAGCCGCAUGUACGCGCGGCUGCUGAAGAACCUGCGCGUGAUCAAGCGGCGCGCCACCGCCAUCUGGGUGCUGCUCGUCGUCAACGGCGCCCUCUACUGCCUCAUGCCGCUGCUGCUGCCCGGCCGCCAUCUAGCCGAGGACACGCAGGUCAUCUACGGUCUGGAGCCAAUGUUCGAAAGCCCAAACUACGAGAUAGCUCACAUUCUGUUUUGGAUCACCAUCAUGCUGACGGUGUACUGCUCGGGCAGCAUCGCGGCGCUGCUGAUCACGCUGGCGGGCUACGUCGAGGCGCAGAUGCUGACGCUGGCCGACGAGGUGCUCUCGCUGUGGCCCGACGCGCAGGCGCUCACCUUCGACGACGGCCAGGACGAGGACCGCCUCAGGAACCUGUUCAUCCGACACCAGCUGGAGCACAUUAUCCAGGCGCACGCCGCUAACUUGGCCCUUCUCGGAAUGACCGAGCGCAUCUUCAGAAACGCCAUCGCUGUAGAGUUCUGCUUGCUAGGCCUGGCCCUCAUCGCGGAGUUGCUCGGCGGUAUAGAGAACACUUAUAUCGAAAUACCGUACGCAUUGAAUCAGGUGUCUAUGGACUGUUACACCGGGCAGCGGCUGAUGGAGGCGAGCCUGCGGUUCAGCGAGGCGGUGUACGACUGCAAGUGGGAGGAGAUGGACGCGGCCAACAUGCGGCUGGUGCUGAUGAUGCUGCGCAACUCGCGCACCAUGGUGCUGUCGGCGGGCGGCGUGGCCGAGCUGCGCUACACCAGCCUCAUGGCCGUCUUCAAGUCCAUCUACUCCGCCUACAUGGCGCUGCAGUCUACCAUUGAUUAAAGUUUCACUGCAGUUAGAGUGUA